GCAGCUGUAAACAGGGUCUGCAGCACAAGACUAGCCGAAAAAGCAAAAUAUUGGCUUGCAACAAUCUUGAACCUGGAAGAGAUUAUGAUGACAAAGAAGUCUGGAAUAAACAAGAAACCUCCGAACCACCAUAAAUGUGUCUGCUACAAUGUGUGUUCUUGCAACCAGCUGAUUGAUUCAUUUUAUCAACUCUCAAAUGGUUGGUUAUCAGAACUGAAUUCAGAGCUGCUCCUGUCUGUCGUAACAUCUUAUUAGAGUGGACUUCAGAAUGAGGGUGUUGGUUUAAAAACUUCACUCCAUGGAGCUCUCCAUAUUCAUCUCAAAUUAGACUGCUUCUGGAAACCAAAUUUGUUCCUUCAAGCAGAGAAGCUUGUGGCUUUCCUGACUGGCUUUCCUGACUGGACUUCUAUGGAUUCUUCUUGCCAACAUUAAGGACUGUGGGCUGACAUUCAGUGGUAAAACACUUGAAGAUGAUAUGAAUUUUUAUUUGAUAUAAAUGAAUCUCAGAAGUAAUUCCUCAGGAGUAAGAAACAAUGAAAAUUAAAAAUAAAAGGUCCAUCAAUAAUGAAUGUCUUGAGCAGUGUUCUUUUUGUGCACAGAUCAAUGGAUCUUUUCAUUUCCAAGCAGGGAUGUAGUCAAUGCUGACCUCGAGACAACAUUUUGCUGGCCUUGGUCCGAGUCACUGUACAGAAUCUAUGGGAAGUUCUCUCAAGCUGACUCAUGACUCGGAAGAAUCAGCCUCGACCUCAUCCCUGUAUGCAAGUGUGAUAUAUAUCUACCAUGCAAUCUCAUGAUUAAAGAGAGAGAAACAAGAGAGCUUCAGAUUUUGAAGUGUAGCAAUCUCCUGAAAUGUAUGUUUUAUUUGAAAAUCAAACUAAAAUAACUUAAUUGGGCAUGUUAUUCAUUAUGAUAUUUAUGAAUGAAAGCAUUGAAGCAAUUUGGUGCUCUUGCAAAACAAAUUCUGAGUUGUAUUUACUGCAAACCCUCAGAAAUAUUGAUAAGAAUUUGCCAGUGCAUGAAGUGUUUUAAUGAAGAGUGGCUUUUUUGUGCUUAUGGAGAAUUAAUAUUUCUUCAAUAUUUUUUCAUACAAAUUAUUUCAGAAAUCACAAUUUGAAUAUUCCAUGACCUCUGAUAACAAGAGCAGAAUAUUUUUGGUGAUUGACACACUUUAAAAUGAUAUUAGGAGAGAAUGUAGUGAAAUUGUGUGAUAAUAAUGGCAUAAUUGCUGAAGAGGCCUAUAAAGAUUAAAAAUAACAUUAUUUCAAGUUUUUCUUGAAAAAAACCCAUGGAAAGUUGAAAAUGGCAUAAUUUACACAAGUUUUCAAAACAAAAUACAAAAAAAAAAAAUUUUGCAGAAUUUUUAGUACACAAGCCUAUGGACAAUCAAUUGAACGUAAAUCGAACGCAAAUUUUGCGUGUCCUCCAAAAUCUCACAUAAGUUACGUUCGAUUUGCAAUCAAUUUGCGCUUGAUCUACGUUCAAUUGAUCAAACGCAACUUCUUCUUGCAACAGGAUUGAACGUAACUUGCGUUCAAUUGCAGAUUUGCGUUUAAUCGGAGGACUUACGCUCAAUUUUGGGAGUUGCGUUCGAUUUGCGUUCAAUCGCAAGUUUCUUGCAACACCCCAUUAGAGAUCCUUUCAAUCUUUCAUAAUUUUACCCGAUUUUGGACACCAUACAAUCGCCCCAAGGCUCCACCGAUGUAACUUUCUUCAUACAUGUAUAUAUUCCCAAUAUUACAUAAUUUUGAGGAUCAGCAAAAAAUAAUGAUUCUGACCCAUGAAACUGACGAAAAUCUGUCUUAAAAGGAGAAGUUCACCCAGAAAGUUUGUUUUAUAAAUAGUAGAAAUAAAAACUAUAAUAAUGAAAAUAUUGGUAAAGGUUUAAGGAAUUUUAAGUUUUUUUUUCAUUUGUGACGUCAUAUAGGCCUAAGAGAAUCUGCCCCAUGUAAAAUACAAUUUAUAGGCCCUACAUUUCAAAUAUUUAAUGGUUCAUGAUAACUCGGUUUCUUUUCUCUUUCUGCAUGGCGCGCCGAGCGUGUGUGAAAUGACUUCUCUAUUGAUAAACUGAAGGUUGAAUAAAAAAUAUGUUCAAUUUUCUUGGCAAAUGACAAUUAUCCACUGAGUUUUUAAGACAUACGAUAUGUGGGAAACCUGCUUGUAUAUGACGUCACGAAUAAGUUUUUAAUAUUUUUCUUAUAUAAAAAAAAAAUUUCAAUAAACUUUUUGUCAGGGCGGUCUUCCCCGUUACUUGUCUUCAUACGAUGUUCAUAGUAUUAAAGUAAAUUUAAUACGAAUGUACGACGUCAUAAUUCUUUCAUCAGAGGGGGAAAAUCAACACUCGUCAGCAAUGAAAAUUGUGUAAUGUAUACAGGGAAAUAAUCAUUCCUUGGUUCCAAAUGGCAAUUCUAAUCAAGAUUGGAAAUACAAACACGGAUUCAAUCCAUUGUGCCCUUUGCUAAGAUAAGGCAAAUAAGUUUACUUAUAAUCAAACAUACCUGGGGCCAGCAAUCAAAUCGCACCCCUUUGAACUUUAUGUCUGAUUUGGCUCGUUAUUGCCCCCCCUCCUUGCUUCCCGCUCUUUGCCUUUUUUUAAUAUAUAUUUUUCUUAACUUUUUCGCCCCUUUGAAAGAUCGAGUGCAUGAGACCUAUAUGGGACAUGUGAUCCGUCCCCCCCCCCCGUUUGAUAUACGCCUCUGCUGCCAUUGAUAUGGGAGAAAGUUUUUAUGAAGUAAUAUUUACAUUUUUUCACUAAGAUCUGAUAUUUAAAACUACGUAAAUAUUAAGAAGAGUCUUGAAGAUACAUGUAAAUGUACCAAUGCAAGGUGUAUAUAAUAUUUUUUUUGGAAAACCCUAAAAAAAAACAAUAAUUUAUGACGAAUCAAACUUGCCUUAAAUCUUCCAAGUUCCGCCACCACAGUUGAUAUUCCUAUGUCAUAAAUUAGUAACAUAAAAACGUUUAUUUUUAGUGAAAAUCGCAUAUUUGCUGUUUAUCUUGUUUUCAGCUCUGUUUUCCGUGAAUCUUUUUUAUCCCUACAUGUUUAGUCUUGCUGGGGUAUAUUAUGCUUUUUGUUUUGUCUUUUUGCUUGCAUUAAUGAUAAUGGCCGGUUGUUACGCAGUCAGCGCGCAUUAAAAAUGAUUAUGACGCGACAAUGUAAUGCUCAGAGAAAAAUACAUUGAUGAUCAUGACGUAAUAAUCAUGAUACUGUACAGUGAUAAUGCUGAGGGAAAGCUGUCAAUAAUCUGAUCAUGCAUGUUUCACUUUUAAGAGCUAAAUUAGUCUUUAAAUUUUUUAACGAGAAUAAUACCAAAAUAUUGCACAUACUAAUACCGUUAAUAAAUAUGGAUAUAAUUAUUCAAAUAGCUAACAUUCCACUCAGGAGCAUCUUAUCAUAUUUCGAUAAUUAAUCAUGAUUAAUUAGUUAAUUACAAUGUAGUCUCCGUCAGUGAAUGACCAGAUAUGGGAACACCAGGCCUCGGCCCUUGCCCCUCCCCCUUUGAAAGCCAUUGAAAAAUAUUUGGUAAUGGAAUUUGUCGGGGCCAUACACAAAUGAAGAUGAAAAUGUGACAUAACUCGCCAUCAUAACUCGGGAGUAUAGAUCUUUUUUUGCUUGUCAUUUUUUUUUCUCAACAAAAAAUGCCACCCCUUGGAAAAUUGUGAGGGCUGUAUUGUUCUAAUCGUUUUGAACUUCAUGAACUAUUAUAACAUCCCCCAAUUAUUAGAGUAUAUAAUCUGGAUUUCGAAAGACAAAACUCUUCGUCGUCACUUUGCCGAAUAUGUGACGUCAAAACAGGAUCUCUAUAUCAAUUCGAGGUAGAUUAUUUCAACACGAUGUCUUAUCAUCUCCCACAAACAUGUCAAAACAUUUGUCAUGCGACAUAUCAAUACUUGAUUAUUCUUGUUUACAUUCAGGACUAUAGAUGAAACCCAAAUAGGUUGAUCAAUUCAAUCGACUGAUAAUGAAGAAGCCAAAAUAGAACAAUGACAGGCAUUAGAAUUGGGGAAAUAACCUAAUGGUAGGGGCUGUAUAAUGGGUUGGAACCCGUUAAGGUUAUAAAUCCGAGGGAAAAUGCAAGAAUAUCAUUUAAAGAAUCUAAACAGUUGGAUUUGGUUUUAUUCAAACUUGUGUGCUGAUUGAUGAUUGUCAUUGUGGUAUUUGUGAUACAAAACGCUCUGAAUUAGAAAGCUACUGACAGUAAUAAAUAAAAAGACAAAGAAUAAAGGAUAAUAGAGCGUGAGGAUGGAGAACGCCGUUGAAAUCAAAACAUCUGUGACCAGCAUCGAUGACAAGGUCAAUGAGAAAUCAGAUGAUCACAUCAAUGAUGUCGAAGACGAUCACCAUGACCAUGACGAUGAAGGAGAACCAAUCGUGCUUCAUGAUGACGAUCAAUGUGGAGCUAAAGACCUCGGCCAGUCUAAUAAAGGUUUUGAUGACGAGAACGAUCUGGUUGAUGAAAAGGAGAAUAAAAGUACCAAGGAAGAUCAUCACACCGAGGAGGAGGAAAAUGAGAGCCGCGUGACCGGACAAAGUAGAACGGAGAAAGGAAACAAUACGCCUAAUUCAGACAUUGAUUCUACACUGAAUCCAGCAAAUGUUAUCACAACUCAACCAAACUCAUCGACCAAGGAUGCCGGAAAGACCACAGCUCUAAGCGACAUCGAUGUCGACAUCGAAGGAAGUUCAAAGCUCGAAUACGAAUUGGCCAUCGUCCCCGGGGCAUGUCUAUCCGCUUCGGCGGGGGUGGGGUCAGCUUCAAAGGACUUUUGUGACGGGUUUACCAAUCUAGAAUGCAGGUAUCCAAACGUUGGCUGUGAGUUGUCCUGUGGCUGUGACGAUGGCUUGCAGCUCGUAACCGACUGUACGAUGGAACUCUGCAGCGCAAAUUGUAUUCUCGGUUGCCUCGGUUUCUCGCUUGGCCUCGCCUUGGAUACCAAGGCCACAUGGAACCAAGAUGGCGUCGAGUUUGAGGUCUUAGGGACCGGCAUCGAAACAUCACAGGGAAGGGUCCUUCGAGUGCUCGGAUCAGGGAUUGGUAUCAUUGACAGUGAAAAGAGAGAGACUAUGAAAUUGAAGAAGAAAGCGAAAGAAGCCAGCAAGGCAGCAGAGAAAGAAAAGGAUAAAAUGACUGAACUCGAGAAGUGUGACGAAGAUAACACUGCUGCAGAACUUGAAAACUAAAUCAAAACUUUCCUCUUCCAUGGCUUUAAAUUAAUCCCCUGCACAACAUCAUAUUGCACUAUGGAAUGACUUUUAUCACGCUACCCAACAAAGCUCAACUCUUUCCACAUUCAAACUCACUUUAUUAAAAAAAAAUGUAUUUUUAUUUUAUAAAAUUAUUACAUUCUGAGUAGAUUUUACAAUGUUAUAGUCAUCUUCCUCUAUCUUAUUGCCUUUCUCCUCUCUACACAGUAAACACGCUGUUUAUUUUUUUAAUACAACGCUGUUUACUAUAUGAACCUUACAGUAAUUGUUUAAACAGUUUAAACAAGUGUUUAAAAUCUUAAACAACAUAGUUCAGUUUUCAAUAUAUAAUCUUCAAUAAAUUAAACAUGAUUGUUUAAAGUGUUAAACAACUACUGUAAGGUUCAUAUAGUAAACAGCGUUGUAUAAAAUCUUAAACAGCGUUUUUACUGUGUACUACAUAAUUCUCCUCUCAUUUUCUAUUCACAAUCUUAAUUCAUUUCUUUGUCAUGACCUGACCUCAUUACUUCUUCUAUUUAUUGUGAGGGUGUGUGUGCGUGUGUGCGUGCGUGCGUGCGUGUAUGGAGGGAAUUCAUUUUAAAUGGUUAUAUACUGUCUUUCUUAAUGAAUGUUGAUUGGUAUGUUGGGACCCUGCUUGCAAGCAAUCUGCUUUUGGUAUCCCUCCAUUUUAUAUAUGUAUAUAUCACGUCAAUACUAUGUUAUAUUUACAAUGUAUCUUGGUUUUUCAAAGAUGGAAAAUAAAUUUCAAAUUGAAAUUGAAACCCA